AUGGCCACAGCGCUGCAGGUGCCUUGGCAAUGGCUGGUGAGGCUGCUGCUUGUGGGGUGUGUCAUGCCAUGGGCUGAGGGCGGAAAGGUGCUGGUGGUGCCUAUGGAUGGCAGCCACUGGCUCAGCAUGAAGGACCUGGUGAGAGAGCUCCACUCCCGAGGCCACCAGGCUGUGGUCCUGGCUCCGGAGGUCAGCUUGCAAAUCAGAGGAGAUGACUUCUUCACUCUGAAGUCCUUUGCCUUUCCUUACACUCAAGAGGAAUUUAAUAACUUUUUGAGUGAGGGUAGCUUUAUCAUAGAAACACAGAAUAUUCUGGAGACAUUUUUAACAAUUAUGCCAUCUUUCAAGAAGUUUUCUGAGCUGUAUGAGAAGUCUUGUGUGCAGAUGCUGCGCAACAGUACCCUGAUCAGCCAACUCAAUGCCAGUUCCUUCGAUGUGGUGCUGACAGACCCUGUUUUUCCUUGUGGGGCAGUGCUGGCCCAGUAUUUGAGUAUUCCAACUGUCUUUUUUCUGCGGGGCAUCCCAUGUGGUCUGGACUUUGAGGGCACUCAGUGUCCCCACCCUUUCUCUUACAUUCCGCAGAUGUUCACAACACACUCUGACCACAUGACUUUCCUGCAGAGAGUCAAGAACAUGCUCUAUCCUGUGGGCUUGAAGUUGUUUUGCCACAUGGUUUUUUCUCCCUAUGCAAGCUUCGCCUCUGAACUGCUCCAGAAAGAGGUGUCUGUGGUGGAUUUUCUCAGCCAUGCUUCCGUGUGGCUGAUGAGAUGGGACUUUGUGCUGGAAUACCCCAGGCCCAUCAUGCCCAACAUGGUCUUCAUCGGGGGCAUCAACUGUAUGAGGAGGAAGCCGCUCUCUCAGGUCUGUAUUGGUGCCUCUGUCCAGUCUGUCUCCCAGCAGAAAUUACUUUCAAGUGCUUAG